GCCACACACACACUACUACCACUUAAUUCUCCAACCGCCGUAUCUUUUCAUAUUUCCAGUCAAAAAUGGCGGCUGCCACACCAACCUCCUUCUUAGCACCGACGACCUCAUCGUCGACAGCGGCGGCGCCAUCUCUGAAAGCUUCCCCGAAAACCCUAGGGUUUAAUUUGGGGUUUGUUUCUUCAAAAAGCUUAUCGAAAUCAUUGAAAGCUCAGCGUCAUGGAAGUGGUUCUGGAUCGGCCCUUGGUGCUCGUAUGGUGUCGACGCCGGCGAUUACUAGACCGCCAACUUUUCUUGAUUUUGAAACUUCGGUUUUUAAUAAAGAAAAGAUUAAUCUUGCUGGUUAUGAAGAGUACAUUGUGAGAGGAGGAAGAGACUUGUUUCCUUUGUUACCUGAUGCUUUUAAAGGUAUCAAGCAGAUUGGUGUUAUUGGUUGGGGCUCUCAGGGUCCUGCUCAAGCACAGAAUUUCAGGGAUUCUCUUGCUGAAGCAAAAUCUGAUAUUGUUGUGAAGAUUGGGCUACGGAAGGGUUCAAGUUCGUUCAAUGAGGCUCGUGCUGCUGGCUUCUCUGAAGAAACCGGGACUCUUGGAGAUAUUUAUGAGACUAUAUCUGGCAGUGACUUGGUCUUGCUCUUAAUUUCUGAUUCAGCUCAGGCUGAUAAUUAUGAGAAGAUCUUCUCACACAUGAAGCCAAACAGCAUCCUUGGACUUUCUCAUGGGUUCCUUCUUGGUCAUCUGCAAUCAGUUGGCCUUGACUUCCCCAAAAACAUUAGCGUGGUUGCUGUAUGCCCCAAAGGAAUGGGUCCAUCAGUGAGAAGGCUGUAUGUGCAAGGAAAGGAGGUCAAUGGAGCUGGAAUCAAUGCAAGUUUUGCUGUCCAUCAGGAUGUUGAUGGAAGAGCCACUGAUGUUGCACUUGGAUGGUCAGUUGCUCUUGGUUCACCCUUUACAUUUGCCACUACACUCGAGCAAGAGUACAAGAGUGAUAUAUUUGGGGAGCGAGGUAUUCUACUUGGUGCGGUGCAUGGUAUUGUCGAGUCUCUGUUUAGAAGGUAUACUGAAGGUGGUAUGAGCGAAGAGUUGGCUUACAAAAAUACUGUCGAGUGUAUUACAGGGACGAUAUCAAGGACAAUAUCCGCAAAGGGCAUGAAGGCUGUAUACGAGUCAUUAACAGAAGAAGGCAAGAAAGAGUUUUUGACAGCAUAUAGUGCCUCCUUCUAUCCUUGUAUGGACAUCUUGUAUGAGUGUUAUGAGGAUGUCGCCAGUGGCAGCGAGAUAAGAAGUGUUGUGUUGGCUGGUCGACGAUUUUACGAAAAGGAGGGUCUGCCAGCCUUCCCUAUGGGUAAGAUUGAUCAAACUAGGAUGUGGAAAGUAGGUGAGCGGGUACGUUCUACCCGACCAGCAGGUGAUUUAGGUCCGUUAUAUCCUUUCACAGCUGGUGUCUAUGUUGCACUGAUGAUGGCCCAGAUUGAGGUGUUGAGGAAGAAAGGACAUUCUUACUCUGAGAUUAUCAAUGAGAGUUUGAUCGAGUCAGUGGAUUCAUUGAACCCCUUCAUGCAUGCUCGAGGUGUGUCGUUUAUGGUGGACAACUGCUCCACAACUGCAAGGUUGGGAUCAAGGAAAUGGGCUCCACGUUUUGAUUAUAUUCUUACUCAACAAGCUUUAGUUGCUGUGGACAACGGUACCCCACUUAACCAGGAUCUCAUUAGCAAUUUCUUCGAAGAUCCAGUUCAUGAAGCUGUCAAAGUUUGUGCAGAGUUGAGACCUACUGUUGACAUCUCAGUGCCGGCUGAUGCUGAUUUUGUCAGACCCGAGUUGCGUCAAGCUAGUAACUAAUUAUGAGUCUUGCGUCUAUCUCGGGGCAAAACAAGCUUUUAGUCUACUUUGCCAUGGUGUUCUGCAGAAUGUUUAUUUAGGAUGUGCUUCUUAUAAAUUUUGUGAUAGACUGUUGAAUUUGGUAUUUUGUAUUAAUAAAGUUAUCAGGCCUUGUGGUUU